AAGGUCCUAUCAUCUGCAGAGGCCACAGCAGUCCUGUGGCAUUAAAUUUGUGUCUCCCUGCCGUUGGGGCAAGCAGGGUGCAGAGCUUUGGGGAUCAGGCAGCAGGGUGGGUUUUGGGGCUGUGUGUGCAGCAAGAGCCAUGAAUGAUGGCAGUGUGCUCACCACGGGAGUGGGGCCAGCAGCCCUCGCUGUGCCUGUGUCCCAUGGGGCGGUGUGCCAGGGCCUGGGCAGUGGGAGCGGUGUCAGGGCGGAAGGCAGGCGGGAGCAGUGUGGGAUGCCGGGACAGUGCAGGGUAUCGGGGUGGAGCGUGGGCCUGGCUGGGCAGAGUCCGGCUAAGGCGCUGCAGCUGCAGACAGUAAGACAGGCCAGGGCCUCUGCUGGGGUGACAACUCCCUGCAGAGAGCUGAUCCACCAGGAGGUGCAGGAUUACUAUGGCAAAGAGCUGCAGAAGACAGAGGACCUCAAAACCAAUGUGUGCAUCACCUCAGCCAGGCCCCUUUCCAAGGUGGUGAGAGAUGCUCUGGAGCGCAUCCAUGAGGAGGUGGUGGCCAGGUACUACGGCUGCGGCCUGGUGAUCCCUGAGUGCCUGUCAUCGUGCCGGAUUCUGGACCUGGGCUGCGGCAGCGGCCGGGACUGCUACCUGCUGAGCCAGCUGGUCGGGGAGCAGGGCCACAUCACCGGGAUAGAUAUGACCGAGGGCCAAGUGGAGGUGGCGAAGAAGCACAUUGCUUACCACAUGGAGAAGUUUGGCUACCGAAAGCCGAACGUGGAGUUCUUCCAUGGUUACAUGGAGAAGCUGGGUGAUGCCGGACUGGCUGACGAGAGUUAUGAUAUUGUCAUCUCCAACUGCGUGAUCAACCUUGCCCCUGACAAGAGAGCUGUGCUGCGGGAGGCCUUCCGUGUGUUGAAGCCUGGGGGAGAGAUGUACUUCAGUGACGUCUACGCCAACAAGCGCCUGAGCGAGACCAUCCGGAAACACCGGGUGCUGUGGGGAGAAUGCGUGGCAGGAGCUCUGUACUGGAGAGACCUGUACAGCAUUGCCGAGGAGGUGGGGUUCAGCCCCCCAUGCCUGGUCACUGCCAGCCCCAUCACCGUUGGCAACAAGGAGCUGGAGGGCAUCAUUGGUGACUGCCACUUUGUUUCCGCAACCUUCCGCCUGUUCAAGGUGCUGGGUGGCAGCUGGGCCGGGCCGGGCCAGGUCAUCUACAACGGCGGGAUUGUGGGGCACGAGCGAGAGCUGGUGUUUGAUGCCAACUUCACCUUCAAGGAGGGAGAGGUGGUGGACGUGGAUGCUGAGAUGGCUGCGAUCUUGCAGAGCUCCAGGUUUGCGGAUGAGUUCCUGAUCCGAGCUGGCAGGGCCGAUGCUGCAGCACUGCAGAGCUGCUGUUGCAAGGGAGAGAAGGAGAAGAUCCGUGAUCCCUUCCAGCUGCUGGAGCGUGUGACAGCCCCAGGUCCUGCCUGCUGUCCUGGUAGCACCUGUGGUCCCCCAGGGUGCUGCUGAAUGGCAAGUAGUGUCCCCACACCACCACUGGAAGUCAGCAGGGCAAGAGGACCUGGCCCCAGUGACGUCUUCCACCAGAGAGCAAAUACAUGUCUGAGCUCAAAGGCUGUGUGCUUGUAGCUGCCACAGGGCUGUGGGUGCUGUGCUUCCCUGGUGGGGCUGCUGGGGCAGGCUGUGCCUGGUUGCAGUGAGGAUCUGUCUUGUGGGUCCCCUCACUGUGGGGCAGACAGUGGCUGCAUGGCUUGGUCUCACUUGCAGCCCUGCAGCCUGCUCCAGGAGAUGGGCAUUGCUCUCUUUUUCCCUCUGCAGUGCCACCGAGGUUUCUGUUUUCCCCUGGACUCCACUGAGUUGGAAAGCCCUGAGUCCCCUGCAGGCAUUGCACUGGCAGAGUUUUGCAGGGAAACACAGCAAUUCUGGAAAAGCAGAAAUGCAUCCAGCUGCAUCCCACAGCAGGCAAAGAGCAAGGUGCAAGGGCUCUUUGGCUGUGGUGGGAGGUGAUGGGCUGCAUUCCUGCUGCCUAGCAUGAAUCCCACAGGACCUGCCCCACAGAAGGUGUUUGGGAAAGGCUGGAGGCUACUGAACAGCUAAACUUAGAAAUAAGGGACCAUUUCCACUCCUCCUCACACACUGAUUUUCCAGGAGGGACCAAAUUUCCCAUUGCUGCCUUUUAAGCAUUAUCUUGCUGUGGCAUGGGGGCAGUUAAGAAGCAAAACCCAAUAAAAUUUGGGUUCAAAAAGAAACAGGGGCCAGUGCCAAGGAUGCUCUGCUGUAGCAGUAGCAGUGGCUCAGGAGCGUCCAGGUGUUCAGGACACCUGAAAUUGUGUGGAAUUACCUCACUGAUGGGACCUUGGGAGGAAGAAGCUGUUUAAUAAACACACCCCACCCCCAGCCCUCUUCCUAGAUUAUUUACAAAGACUUCAUCCAAGUCCCAAACAGCUCAUCCUGGGAGGUUUGCAGCAAUUAGCUCCUGCUAUCAAAGACAGCCCUCCCAGUGGGAAUGGAAGAGCAGGUGGGGCAGAGGGGUGCUACCUGCAAAUCCCUUCAUUAAAAAGACAUGAAUCUCUGGUGUGGCCUUUCAACUUGCCUCGGAAGAGCUGCACCCACAGUGAAAUCCCUGCUCUGUGCAUACAGAAAAAGGCCACAGCUUAAAUGCCACUGCAUUUGAAUAGCACUAGGUUUUUUCCAAAUUCUCAGCAUGUCAGGGAGGAAGCAGCUAAGAGAAUUUGGCUUUGAUGUGGAGCAUUAAAGUAGAGGUCCUCACCAGGCUAUGGAUUCAGUGGCUCUGCCUGGCUUUACUUGUGCAUGCACAGCCUUGGGGUUUUCAGCCCCCAGUGUAUGAAAAACGAGGUCCUGCAGCCCCAUCCCAUGUGAGGAACCCAAAUAUAAUCUGUC